AUGCAGCAACAGCCUCUUCGAGCAACGUUAUCGUGCAGUUCCUGUCGACAACGAAAGCUCAAAUGUGAUCGUGAUGAGCCAUGCAGCAAUUGCGUAGCGAGAAAUGUCUCAUGCCAAUAUGCGCCGUGGCCACGAGGUCGCGUUGCUGCUCAGAGACGAGACAGUAGACAGAAUGAUCUGAGUGAUCGCGUGCGCCAUCUUGAGCAGCUUCUUGGAACUAUUGUUCAACAACUUCCUGCUCAGCAGGGGACGUCCAAUGGGUCACCUAGUAUCAAGAGCCCGGCGAGUACCUAUGUCACAACAUCUCAUGUUACAGGAUCCAACCAAGGAUCUCAUCAAUCUUCUCAGGAAGGCUCUGAGGUCAAGCCUGGCAGGAUGAUGGCGAAUCCUAAUGAGACGAUUUAUGUUUCUAGCAGUCACUGGUCUGCUAUUUGCCACGAGGUUGAGCAUAUUCGCGAGCAUCUGGACGAAAGUCACGAAGCGAGUGAUUUGGGCAUAGUCGAUCAAGCUCAAAGUCAAGUGCCCCUUCUUCUGGGACCUGGAAGACUAGCCCCGAGCCUUGAAGAUAUCCUUGCGGAUGUCCCUCCGAAGCACAUCACGGAUAGACUUGUAUCUCGUUAUUUCACUUCGACUCAGCCAUCAAUCUUGAUCACCCAUUCAGGGGAGUUUGAAGGCGAGUACAAACGCUUCUGGAAUGACCCCAAUUCUGUAUCUGUUCAGUGGGUCGGGAUGCUCUUCGGCAUUCUGGCCACGGGAACAUUCUUGUACAUCCGAUCACAGGAUGAGCUCCCCGGAGGAAUGGGCUCACCUCUUGAAGUCGCCGAGUCCUUCCAGCAGAGAUGUACGGACUGUCUCAUUCUUUCUAAGUACUCCACAGCGCCGGGUAAGUAUACUCUGGAGACUCUGCUGUUCAAUAUCCAUGGUGAGUUCGUGCGCCGUCGAGACGCUCAUCUUGGCGUGUGGAUCCUUACCGGUAUUGCUAUUCGUUUGGCGAUGCGGAUGGGAUACCACCGUGAUCCCGAUAACUACCCUCGGAUUUCACCAUUCCACGGGGAGAUGAGGCGUCGUGUAUGGGGUGUUCUCCAGCAGCUUGACAUUUUGACUUCUUGCCAACUGGGCCUGCCGUCGCUUAUCCAGGAGUCCCAGUGCGAUACACGUCUGCCGCGCAACAUAAACGAUGAAGAUUUUGGCCCUGGGUGCACGCAGCUUCCUCCACCAAGACCCGAGACGGAAGGUACCGGCGUUCUGUACACCCGCGUCAAAGUCAAGAUGAUGACCAUCUUCCGAACGAUCUUCAACCAGGUUUCACUCGGCAAGACGGAAGACUACAACGAAAUCAUGGCGCUUGAUCAGAAGCUCCAUCAAAUGCAUCAGUCCAUGCCCACUUGUUAUAAGAUAGCCAAACUCGAAGAUUGCUUCAUGGUCCCGCCAUAUCUACUCAUUCGGCGAUAUAACCUUGAACUUCUCUUCCAAAAGGCCAGAUGUACACUACACCGCCACCAUAUGUCAAAGGCAUACCAUGACCCCAAAUAUAACUACUCCAGGGCGGCUUGUGUUGACUCAGCGAUGACUGUGUUGGGUCAUCAAGCUAGCAUCCUGAAGGAAGUUCAAGUUGGUGGGCUAUUAUAUAACGACAGAUGGUUUCUCACAUCCCUUGAGAGACAUGACUUCUCACUGGCAUCUAUGGUCGUCUGCGUUGAGCUUGGCAUGCCACCUGAGCAGCAGAGCCCCGAGCUCGUUGGAUAUAGUCGGGAGAAUAUGAUUGAAGCCCUUAAGACCUCGCAGGCAUUCUGGGCCGCUAUCAAGGCCGUCUCUGCUGAGGCGAAGCAGGCAUACGAUAUGCUCACGGUGAUGUUGAAAGCUGUUACGACUGGUCCAAAGGAUGAGUCAAUACCGCCAGCUGCAAACCAAGAAAAAGCCCCAGCUCACAACGGCAACGGCAACGGACACAUGAACGGGCAACACAACACGAGCGAGACACCUUUCUCGGCCGAGUUUCAGGGUAUUGAGGCCAUGUUGAACAGCUCUGAUGGCGUAGAUUGGGAUAUGUGGGAAUCACUGGUUCACAUGCCCGAGGAUUUCUCCCAAUAUGAAAUGCCAGAGGAGCCUUGA